AUGAGAAGCUGGUAUCAAGACGUCUUACCUGCACAGACUCUUGCUACUGUUCGCCUUUCGUGUGAUCUUGUUAUUGGACUUGAUGCUUAUCAGUACCUGUCGAAGAAUCUUCCACGUCCUUCUGUCAUCACAUUCCAAGGCGCUCAAGCUCUGGCUACAGCACCUGGCACCGCUUCCAAGUACCCGGUAGAAGGAUUUUGUGACACACUAUCGGUGAUUGCAAUUUGGACUAUCCUUGCCAUGUGUUCCGGAAUCGUGAUACACUUUUGGGUGAUGCCAUUCUCGAAGAUAGUUUUAUCAGAAGUUCAAGCUUUCAGGCAGGCCCUCAAGGACUAG